UCUAACGAACAAAGACCAUCGUGUCUCUUUCAACACGUCAACGUCAACAGCCUCGUCCUCUCAUCUGGCCAGCGAGGCUUUCAUAUUUCUGCCUGCGUGCCGACAUUUAGCUGCCCCCCUUUGGUGCCCCCUCUGAUUCUCACCACGCCCCUUUCAGACUCUUCUUCACUCGCCUCAAUCAUCAAUCAGAUCAUUGGGCCUCGUUUGCCAGCCAACCGCCAAAAUGUUCCGCGUCCAGACCCUGAUAGACGCGCUGACGUCGCGCCUGAACCUUGGCGACCGCUUCGCAAGCAUGCGUUUUGGACCACUCGGCAGCCGCUUCGCGAAUCUGCGCCCGCUGUCCGACUUCUUUGACUUUAAACGCAUAUUCAAGCCCGCCAGCUUUGCCGAGGCGCGUGCGCGUAUCAGCUUCAAUUCCGGCUACUUCUCAAGCAACUAUGCCGUCGUCUUUGUCAUGUUGUCUCUCUACUCCAUCUUUAAUAACAAGGCUCUACUCUUCGACAUCGUCCUUGUCACGCUCAGCAUGUUCCUGAUUGGCACGCUGGACGGCCGCGAUCUCGAGAUUGGCUCGCAGCGGCUCACCACCAAGCAGCUCUACACGGCAAUGUGCAUCAUCGCCGUCCCCGUCGCUCUUUACGCUUCGCCCGUCGGCACCAUGUUCUGGCUGGUCGGCGCUAGCGGCGUGACCAUUCUCGGCCACGCUGUUCUCAUGGACAAGCCUAUCCGUAUGACUCUUUCUGGAGAGACGGUCUAGGUAGUCGGCCGCGAGCCCCCGAGCGCAUAUGGUAGCCAUGACAAGAGAAGACGGAACCGUUUGCGUGAGAAGACGGAACUGUUUCCCUUAUCUCUGUCUUUUCGCAUCACUAGACUAGUACGAAUUUUAAUGCUGCAUUUCCUUGGUACA